UAACAGUUACACAGGCAAGGAAAACCAAGUCCUUAGUCCCACGCAGAGGAUUCAGGUACCUGCUGCCUCGGAAAAAUCACUGCCCUGAAAAAGAAGCAUUUCCACUUGGAUUGAAGUGUUUUCUGGCUCGAUACUUCCAUUUAUAUUUUCUUGCCCCUAAAAAUAAUCUAAAGGAAGACAUUACCUGUCACUGACUUGGAAAACAUCUCCCCCACACCUUUUUUUUUUUCCCUUCCUUUUUUUUUUUCUUCUUACAGGAGAAAGAAAUUCAAGGGGGAGAGUUGUUCUUCAGUUUUUGCUCUUUGGGCAUAGGUUAAAAUGCUAGGCAAGGAGGAGGCCCUCAGUACCGCUCGUCUCCUGGAACUGCAUUGCAUCACUUGGAAAACAGGACGCGAGGACAUGAGACAUCUCAUCCCGAUGUGUUUUUAAUGGCUCUUAGUCAUACGCAGGGGGAUUCAUCGCACCAGCAUCUACUGCAAGAAAAUGAGCAGAUGCCAGAAGAUUUUAUUUUACGCUUAGCCGAGGAAAAAAAAAAAACCAUGAGCGCAUUUUCUGUUUUGAAUGCUAGCAACCUUUCACAGGCUGACUCCCUCGAGGACAGUGGCAACUGGACGGCAGUAACCCAGUUUACCCAGCCAGGAUGGCAAAUUGCUUUGUGGGCUAUCACCUAUUCCUUCAUCGUUAUCACAUCCAUCGUCGGCAACGCCACCAUCAUCUGGAUUAUUCUCGCCCACAGGAGGAUGAGGACUGCUACUAAUUACUUUAUCGUCAAUUUGGCCCUGUCAGAUUUGCUGAUGUCUGCCUUCAAUACCAUCUUCAAUUUUAUUUACGCCAGCCACAACGUCUGGUAUUUUGGCGAGGAAUUCUGCAGGUUUCAGAACUGGUUCCCCAUCACCGCAAUGUUUGUGAGCAUUUACUCCAUGACAGCCGUGGCUGCAGAGAGGUACGUGGCGAUAAUUCACCCCUUCAAGCCCAGGCUCUCUGCUGGAAGCACCAGAGUCAUCAUAGGGGUCAUCUGGCUGGUGGCCUUCGGGCUGGCCUUCCCGCAGUGCUUCUACGCCGAGAUCACGAUGGACAACGGAACAACAAAAUGCAUCGUCGUCUGGCCGGAUGACGUCGGAUCCAAGCACCAGCUCACGUAUCACAUUGCAGUGAUCGUGUUGAUUUAUUUACUGCCUUUAAUGGUGAUGUUUGUUGCGUACAGCAUUAUAGGAAUUACUCUGUGGAGCAGCGCGGUUCCAGGCAACCACCUUAACAGAGUCCGCUACGAACACCAACUAAAUGCCAAAAAAAAGUUUGUGAAGACCAUGGUGGUAGUUGUGAUCAUUUUUGCUGUCUGCUGGCUGCCCUACCACAUAUACUUCAUCCUGGGGAGCUUCAAGGAAGACAUCUACCAGCAGAAGUACAUUCAGCAGGUUUACCUCGCUAUCUUUCUCCUGGCCAUGAGUUCGACGAUGUACAACCCCAUCAUAUACUGCUGCCUCAACCAAAGGUUUCGUUCUGGCUUCAAAUUAGCCUUCCGGUGGUGUCCUUGCAUAAAAGCGACUGAGAAAGACAGACUUAAACUCACUUCCCCAUCUCUUUACCAGACGACCCGCAGGAAGUCAGGAACAACAAGUUUCAGCACAGAAACUCAACCGAGUGAGAAAGAGAAUACAUCACUUACCCUCACCCAGCUAACACUUUGAUUUUUUUUUUUCUCCUCCUGAUUCUGGCUCUAUCCUA